UAUGUGAGAGAGACCAGUAUUUUUUGUCAUUGACAUGAUUUAUAUAGUUUAUUUCAAUUUUUUAACUCCAUUUGGUUAAUCUUGUCCUUGGAUCCCAUUUAAAGUUUCAACGCUGUUAAACAUGCAAGAAAUCAUGUUAUUUUUAUUCCUACAAAAUGCCUUCAUGGUAAUCUGUUCAAUCUUUUUAUUUUUAAACUGAAAUCAACUGUGUACAAUUAACUUCCACAAAGACAUGUAUAACAUUUGGCCUCUGGAUUACUGACCAUACACUUGUUACACAUUUAAAUUAUUUUAUUCAACAGUCAAUUUGUUUAUUUUGCGUUUUGUUCAUUUAUAUAUUUUAUAGUAUAAAACAAAGCCUGUAGUCCUAUUUGACUUCCAUAUAUUCUAUUCCUGGUGGUAUAGGACGCUGAUUCAGAAUUUAUUAUUAUUGGUCUUUGCUGUUUUUCUGUGCCCUCUACCAUCCUUCAAAAAUGAAUGAAGAAGCUGCACUCCAUGUUUGCAGUGUGACUUUAAACCAAAUAUACAUAAAAUGAGACUCCUAGUGUAGUGCCAUAUAUCUGUUUGUAGACACAACAGGGGGAAAAAUGACACAAUUGACUGACAUACCAAAAAAAAAAAUCUUGCAGUAUGUGUGCAUAGCUCAACAUGUCACAUAUCUAGCACUUUUUUCUUUUUUGUCUAUCUGUAUCAUUAGUUACUUUGCUACUCAAUUUUCAGUGUUUGAGUUUAAAGCACAGACCAAGUGAAUGAUGUUUUUGGGACAAUGGCAGGUAAAUCCAGAUUGAGGUGUAAUACCACAAUUGAGGGGAGACCCAUGGCUCCUGAAUGCUUAGUGCUGGAUUGUAUUUAUGUUACCUCACAUUUCAAUGAGUUUACAAGCACCAAUCACGUGUUUAAAAAAAAAUGCACACGUGUUCUUGCUGGUAAAAUCCAGGUUACUCAGGGUUUUUUUGUAAACAAUAGUUUUAACAUUGUGCUAAUGAAGGGUGGGUAUCAAAAUGGGUACAUUUUCCAAUUAAGCAAAAAACUUAAAAGUAGGCUAAAUCAUGUUCAGAAUGCAACAUGCAUAUAAUUGUAUGCAGAUUCAGUACUGCCUUUAACAUACAGUUACAUGAAAUAGAAUUCAGCACAGUAGUCGGUUCUAUAAAUAGCUGAAUUUCUUCUAUUCCGAAUAAAGGAUCUUUCUCCUGCAAUUGCAGACCGUUUCCUUCAAUCAGUGUUUCGUAUUUCGUCACGUGUUAUUGUGACGUUUUGUCUCGGUGUGUAAUCGCGAGAUCUGGUAGGAGGCUGUGGGAUUUGGCCCUCGGAAAGGUUCAGGCCGUGGGUGAUUAAAAGCAUCUGCUGAAUAUGAGUGAUGACAAACCCUUUCUAUGCACUGCUCCAGGCUGUGGACAGCGUUUUACUAAUGAAGACCAUUUGGCUGUCCACAAGCACAAACAUGAGAUGACACUAAAGUUUGGUCCAGCACGUAAUGACAGUGUCAUUGUAGCUGACCAAACUCCAACGCCAACCCGCUUCUUGAAGAACUGUGAAGAAGUGGGGUUGUUUAAUGAACUGGCAAGCCCUUUCGAACAUGAUUUCAAAAAGAUUGCAGAAGAGGACAUUAAAAAGAUGCCCUUAGAUUUAUCUCCGCUCGCAACACCAAUCGUACGAAAUAAAACCGGAGAGCCUUCAGCAGUAGAAAAAACACACCAGGACAGCCCACUUCCUCAUCCAGAAUCCACUACAAGUGAUGACAAGGAAGUUUCAUUGCAGCAGAUUGCACAUCCUACAUCUACUAUAGUUCGUCCAGCAUCACUCCAAGUCCCCAAUGUACUCCUUUCAAGCUCAGAUGCUAAUGUUGUAAUACAGCAAGCACUACCAUCUCCAACAUCUAGCACUGUCAUUACACAAGUUCCAUCCGCAAAUAGACCAAUAGUCCCAAUUUCUGGCUCUUUCCCUGUCCUUUUACAACUCCCUAAUGGCCAGACCAUGCCAGUUGCUAUUCCUGCCACAAUAGCAAACACCAGUGUACAUAUGCCUACUACAAUCCCACUUGUCACCGUUGUGCCUAAUGUUCCUGGAAUUCCAGGACCCUCCUCCCCACAACCUGUGCAGUCAGAGGCAAAAAUGAGAUUAAAGGCUGCUUUAACCCAGCAGCAGCAUCUUCAGGUAACUAAUGGAGAGACUGUCACUGGGCAGAGCAGCAGCACAGUGAGGACCCAACCGGAGGAAGCAUGUCUCCAGUCACUACAGCAGCCGGCAACAUCAACUACUGAGACACCAGUAUGUACUGCCAGAGUUCAGAAGAAAUUAAAAGCAUCUCCAGCACAGCCUCCCCAGCACACCCAGAGCACUGGCGGGAGGCGCAGGAGAGGGAUGAGCGAUGACCCCGAUGAGAAGAGGCGAAAGUUUUUGGAACGGAACCGAGCUGCUGCAACAAGAUGCAGACAGAAAAGAAAAGUUUGGGUUCAGUCUCUAGAAAAGAAGGCCGAAGAUAUGAGUUCAGUAAAUGGGCAGCUACAGAAUGAAGUCACCCAGCUGAGAAAUGAAGUGGCUCAGUUGAAACAGCUUCUUCUGGCUCAUAAAGAUUGCCCUGUAACCGCCAUGCAGAAGAAAUCUGGCUAUCACACAGCUCAAACCGCAGAUAUGGAAAAGAAAGACGCAGAAUCUAUCACGUCCACAUUUUCCACUUAUGCUGAUAAAGAUGAUAGUUCAGAAGACAUCUCUGUGCCAAGCAGCCCUCAAAAAGAGGCAAUCCAACACAGUUCUGUCAGUACUUCCAACGGAGUCAGUUCAACUUCACUGGCCGCCACAGUCCUCACUCAAAUGGCAGACCAGAGUACAGAGCCAAUGAAAACACUAAUAGUUGCAGCUCCACCCUCCCAGUCCCAGCCCUCAGGAAGUUGAUUGGAUGGAGCAUAAAGUCAUGUUUUCACUUCUAACUGUAAAAAAGGAAACAGGAACUUCCAUUUAGGAGAACGCUUUUUUUUCUUUGUUUCCUUAUUCAAAGCAUCAAACAUAACUUAAUUCGAGCAAAUGGAGUUGCUUGAGAGCAAAUGCCAAUUUCUUUGCAAAAUUCAAGUGAAUGUCUUUUUCUCUUAUCACUUUUUAUGUUUACCACAUAUUUGAAAAGAAAAAAGUAAUCUGUGGUUCUUUACAUUUGUCACUGCUGAAGAGGUUUAGGAAUAUAGAUUUAGGAUUAACAAAACUGUGUAAUUGAUGUUACAUUCCUACCAAACUGUUCCAGGGCUCAUGUUUGCUUUAUAUAAUUGCAACAACACUGCUGGUCUACAGUGUGAAAAAUAACUCCACUCAAUACUUAGAGACCACUGUUUCAGUAAAGAAAAGCGAACUCCAUGCCAAACGGAGGAUCGGCAAACUAAGCUUGUGUUAAUAUACAUAUACAUUCAUAUAUGUAUGUCCAUUUUUAUUUAUUUAUUGGAAUGAAACACUAAAAUUAUUUAAUGUAUUUUCUAUUUGUAAAGUUUCUUUGUAGAGUUCUGAUUUAUAAAGCUUAUCUGAGAGAAAAAGACAUGAGAUUUAGUAGUAACUGUUUAAUUCCUUUGCCUUUUCUAAUUUUGCACGACGAUGAAGAUGUUUCAUUUUUUUAAUUUGUGUUUGCUUAUCACUUGUAAAUAUGGUCAGCUUUUAGUUCUGCAUUUUAAUACCUGUCUUGUUACACUAUAUAAGCAGUUGAGCUGAAAAACAACUCAUGUUUUGUAAGUGAGUGGAUUGGUUGCUUGUAGCAGCAGCUCUGUUUGGUUUGAAUGUUGGAAGUUGUCUCAACCAGUAAUACAGUCUUAUAGAGGAACUCUGCUUUUAAAUAAUGUAUGUUUAAAAAUGAGUUUUGACUAACAUUCCAUGUGUAGUUUGGCACUUACAGAUUAGUUGAUUUGUAGGUAUACGGUUUUUCUCAUUACCCAAACGUGUAGAUGCUGAGUUUACUAAAUGUGCCAUGAAUGUUUCUUAUUAAAUUGAUAUUCACAGACUUUUCUUUGUAAUAGAAGAAUUAGAAAUGUAUGUGCCCCAGACGUUUGCUUUUACCUUGUAUAAAAUUACUGAAGUUACGUUUUGUAAUGUUGUUUUUUUUUUUGUUUUUGUUUUUCAUGUGUAGACAUUACUUCAGCUGGUAUUAAAAUAACUAUCUGGGGUAGAAGUGUUGACAGAUUGCACUGCUAAAGCAAGUUAUCAAGAUGUUGCUUCGUUUGAACUAUCUCAUGCAAAGUGAUAUAAACAUGUUGUUAAUGACAUAACUAAGGAUACACUGUAUGUAAAUUUUCCAGAGAAGAUGCACAUUUUUUUAAAUGUAUUCAUUUAGAUGUGGUGGUAGAGGCCAAUUAUUGUAACUAUGUCCUAAUUAAAAUGCUUAGUGAGUUUUGUUACCAGAAGAUUGAAUGAUAUUAAAAGUCCAGAUCAUUAAAAUGUUUGUUAAAGUUAAUAUACAAUGUAAAAAACAAAAACACUUUAAAAGGAUGGGGGUUUGAGAAAUAUGAUUAGAAAAACUGCAUAAUCAAUUUUAAUAUAAUUUGCCUUUUAACAUUACAAUCAAUUAUAAUUUCACUACUGUGCAGUUUUGUAAGCUAUGCUGCAUUUCUUCUGAGUUCUAUUGAAUAUAUUGAAAAGUACAUGUAUUAACAGGUAAUUUGUACUGUCACUGUUGUGUGCUAUUUGCAUGAGUAAAUUCUCUAAGAGAAUUAAACCUAUUAUUAAACCAAAGUCUCAGUUAGGUCAGUAUCAUUUAUCAUGUUGAGUAAUAACCAUGUUCAUCACUGGUCUUAUAAAUGCUUAAAUUUGUUAUUUUUAAAACAGGGUUUGAUGUUAAUGGUAAAGUGUAGUGAAAGUUCUGUAUAAAAUACCAUUCAUUUAUUUUUUUUUAAAUGUUGUAAUAAAAUAAAAAAUCUUUUCAUAUCUGUUCAAAACA